GACUGUGUGUGACAUAAGCAGUGAUGGAAAACAAGCCCGUGCUAACGCAUUGAGUGACAAAAACAAAGACUGUAGAAGGAAUAAAGUAAUUGCGACUGUGGACAUAUAAUCCAGCACAAGCAGGAGUUAAGGAUUGAGAUUUGGAUUAUUGAGGAACCAAAAUGGCCGCUACGCAGAGUGAGUUGAUUCCUCGGGUGAAACUCGGAACCCAGGGUUUUGAGGUUUCAAAAUUGGGAUUCGGAUGUAUGGGCCUUAGCGGGGCCUACAAUGAUCCUCUUCCCGAAGAGGAUGGCAUCUCUGUUAUUAAAUAUGCAUUCAGUAAAGGGAUCACCUUUUUUGAUACUGCUGAUAUUUAUGGAACUGGUGGUGCCAAUGAAGUUUUGGUUGGAAAGACUUUGAAGCAGCUACCUAGAGAAAAGAUCCAGCUAGCAACAAAAUUUGGUGUCGCACGAAGAGAUCAAUCUGGUUUGCUUGUCAAGGGUUCACCCGAUUAUGUGCGCUCAAGCUGCGAAGCUAGCUUGAAACGUCUCGAUGUUGAAUACAUUGAUCUCUAUUAUCAGCAUAGAGUGGAUACCUCUGUACCUAUAGAGGAAACAGUAGGUGAGCUUAAGAAACUUGUGGAAGAGGGAAAAGUCAGGUAUAUUGGGUUAUCUGAAGCCAGCCCAGAUACAAUAAGGAGAGCUCAUGCAGUUCAUCCCAUCACAGCUGUACAAAUAGAGUGGUCCCUCUGGACUCGUGAUGUUGAGGAGGAGAUAGUUCCUCUCUGCCGGGAGCUAGGAAUUGGAAUUGUACCAUAUAGUCCUCUUGGUCGUGGCUUUUUUGGCGGCAAAGGAGUUUUGGAAAAUGUGCCUGCAGUUAGCUACCUGACUGCACAUCCCCGCUUCCAAGCAGAGAACUUGGACAAGAACAAGAGUAUAUAUGAUCGGAUUGAAAGCCUAGCUCAGAAGCAUCACGCCACUCCUGCUCAGUUGGCAUUAGCAUGGGUACUCCAACAAGGCGAGGAUGUUGUACCUAUCCCUGGAACAACUAAGAUUAAGAACCUGGAGCAAAACCUUGGUGCCUUAGCAGUGAAACUAUCAGAAAAGGACCUGAGAGAAAUUUCUGAGGCGGUUCCCAUUGAUAAUGUAGCAGGUAGUCAAUACUUCAAUGGAAAUGAUCAAAAUUCCUGGAAGUUUGCUAACACUCCUCCAAAAGAGUCGAGGGUCUCAACCUGAAGCACUCUAAAUCCCUUCCGGUUGGAGAAUGCACUCAUCAAGGUCGCUAGAGUGCUGCAGAUGUAGAUGCGAAUAUUAAUAAAACUUGAAUAUGAAUAAAAUAUCAAUAAUAUGAUCCAUGUCUCGAUGGUUGGCUUGCUAGAUAUUUUGUUUGGUUAAAGUUUUAGAUUGGAACUGCAUUACGAGUUUGUGAUGUAACAAAAAACUAUGAAUAACAAUAUAUGAUGAGGAUUUUGCUCCUCAUGCUUUGGGGAACAAAAAUGUGCACUUUGAAA